AUGGCUGAUGACAGAAGUAUGGAUGUUCUCGAAAGUUGGUCAGAAGACACUGAUUACACUGAUUACUACUAUAAUUACAAUUACUCGGAAACUUUUCUCAUCAAGCCAGUGGAAAUCCAGGGGAUGCAGGUUGCCGGCUGGCUUACUGCCACGUUCUACAGCUUUAUCAUUCUCAUCAGUCUCACAGCAAACAGUUUCUUGCUCUGGGUGCUGGUAAAGCACAAGGGCCUGGCGAGCUCCGCUAACCUGCUGCUCCUGCACCUCACCAUCUCGGACCUGGUCUUCACCUUCACACUGGUGCCUUGGGCAGUCUUCCACGUCUGCGGCUGGCUCUUUGGAGAGCUGGCCUGCAAGCUGUUCAGCGGAUCAAUCUUCCUGGGUUUCUACAGCUACAUGAUGUUCCUCACAUGCAUGACAGUGCAUCGCUACAUGGUGGUGGUACACGCAUUGCGCACUUCAUCGCUGAAUGCCCGCCGUGGAAGGCUCUACACCCAUUUGACAUCUGCUGUGGUCUGGGUUCUCUCAGCCAGCUGCAGCCUUCCAGAAGCCUUUUUCUCAGUAACUGAAAACAAAUCAGAUGGCAUGUCAUGCACCCUCACCUAUCAUUCAGCAGUGCUGGAGCUGACUACCCACUAUGUCCAGAUUUUGGUCUUCUUCCUGCUGCCUUUUCUGGUCAUCACGUUCUGCUAUGUCCAGAUAUUGGCCACCAUCAAGCGUUGUCAGAUCAGAAACAGACAGCACACGGUGUGGCUGAUUUUGUGCACCAUUGUAGGAUUUUUCAUUUGCUGGACACCCUAUAACGUCACCAUCUUCCUGCAUUCACUACAACUAUUGAGGAUAGAGUCAAUGUACUCAUUCGCAUGGGAAAAAGGACUGGCCUAUGCUUAUUACAUCACACACAUCAUGGCCUACUGCCACUGCUGCUUUAACCCGCUCAUCCAGAUCUUUGGCGGAGGGAUGUUUAGGAAGUAUCUGCCAUCAAGAAGUGGCUUCAGCCGGAUGUCAGAAAGAGAAAGAAGUCAGACAUUCAGUUCACCAAUCACUCCUUACCAAACCUCUGUGGCCAGACAGACGUGCAUGUGA